AUGGCAGGAAUUCUGAACAUUACAGAAACAAACCCAACACAAAUCGAGGAUUUGCUGACGUGCCCAGUGUGCCAAGACAUAUUUAGAGAUCCACACCAGCUCCCCUGCGGGCACAGCCUCUGUUUGGAGUGUUUGGAGGGCAUGCUACGGCAUGGACCGGUCGGUCAACGGUUCAGCUGCCCAAACUGCAGAGACUCAUUUGGUCCUAAGAUUUUAGUCAGCAAGUGCUACGUAUUAAGCGACAUUUCAGUGGACGUCAGAAACGCCCUCGAGGUUUUCCUUGGUGCCCCCUCGCAGAAUGAUGAACUGUCUAAAACAGUGCAGAGCCAACAAACACAAUUACACAACCUCUAUGUGUAUAUGGAUGACAUAGGAAUUCGCAUGGACAGAGACUCAGCCAGCUCUUUUCUCAUGGUGUCUCGUGACCUUAUGUCUGUGACCCGGGCAAAGAGCCGACUGCAGGUAGUCGACAACCCCUCCCGUUUUGACACAGCCCCCCAGAUUCUGACCACCCCGUGUUUUUCCUCCGGGCAUCACAUCUGGGAGGUGGAGGUUGAGGGCUACUGGGACGUUGCUGUGUCUUACAUGAGCAUCAAACGGAAGGGAAAAGAUGAAACAACCUUUGGGAAUAAUGAAGAGUCCUGGAGUCUUACGCGCACCAGUAAAGGUGAUCUGUCUGCCUAUCACAAGAAUGUAAUAAGGGACGUGAGAAAUACCGUGAAAUACAACCGCGUCUCUGUGGACGUGAAUUUUGCUAAAGGCACCAUAACUUUCUCAGAGGUGGGAAAAAGGUAUUCUCAGUUAUAUAAAUUCUAUGCUAAGCUAACCGAACCCGUUUGUCUGGGAUUUGGCCUAUACCUUGCAAACCCACCAAGCAGUGUGACCUUGAUAAGCAGCUGGUGA